AUGGCCUUCAUGUUCAAAGGUGCAAGUAUGUUUGAUCAAGACAUCAGUGGAUGGGAUGUGUCGAAAGUCACCUCUAUGGAAGGAAUGUUUGACUCCUGUAGUGACUUCAACGCCCCAAUUACAAACUGGGAUGUAUCCAAUGUGAGCAACAUGAAUUCUAUGUUCAGAAGAAACUAUGAAUUCAACAAAGAUAUCUCUGGAUGGGACGUUUCAAAAGUCACAGACAUGGGCAUCAUGUUUGCACUAGCUUCCGAGUUCAAUGCUCCCAUCACAAAUUGGGAUGUCUCAAAUGUCAGCAACAUGGAGGGAUUUGUGCGCUAUGGAAGUCUUUUCAACCAAGAUAUCUCUGGUUGGGAUGUGUCAAAAGUCACUAACAUGUAUCAAACCUUUCUUUGGGCAAUAUCAUUUCAGCAAAAUUUGUGUGCUUGGGGCGGCAAGGGGUCAGGUUGGAGAGAUACCUUUAUUUUCAGUAAGUGUUCUUGGUCAGACCCAACCUUGCAGUCCGAUGGAGUAACAUGGUCUCCAGUGUGCCUUGCCUGCCCAAUUCCCAGCGAAUCUCCGAGUAUGGCACCAAGCAUCAAUCCCACAAACAGCCAGUUACCAAGCAGUAUCCCCAGUUCCAUCCCUAGCAGUUCUCCCACAAACAGCCAGUUACCAAGCAGUAUCCCCAGUUCCAUCCCUAGCAUUUUCCCCAGCUCAGUACCAAGUAAAAUGCCAACUGGAAGACCAAGUCAUAGACCCAGUACCAUACCCAGUUCCGCCCCAAGUAAGUCCCCAACUGGCAAUCCCAGUGGAUCUCCAAGUCAAAUUCCCAGCUUGAUUCCCAGCAAGGCUCCAAGCAAUGUUCCUUCUGGAGGACCAAGUCAUAGACCCAGUACCAUACCCAGUUCUGCCCCAAGUAAAUCCCCAACUGGCAAUCCCAGUGAGACUCCAAGUCAAAUUCCCAGCUUGAUUCCCAGCUUGAUUCCCAGCAAGGCUCCAAGCCAAGCUCCCAGUCCGAACUAG